ACGUGAACCUGACCGGAAGGUGAAGAAAUUAGUCUUACUAGCUGAUUAUAAUUAUACAAUUGCCUGUUUUAAUCUUGCCUUUAUGCAUGCACUGUACAGCACCGGAGAGAGAUUAGUUGUAGUAAGUAUAUAAUUAUGGGGAAUUAUAGUUAUGGGGAAAUGCACUUAAUUAGCGAAGUAUUAAAAAAGGUAGGACAAGGACACGAGAAAGGAUCAACGCAUUCGUAUUGGAACAACCCCCAGAGGCUGCCCUGUGAAUUUUACCGCGGUAAUUCUUCAGUGCGUUUUCAUCCCUCUCCCGGUAAGUUAACACAAAUAUCUUGCUCUGAUUCUGGCAUGCAAAAUUGUGUUUUGAAGAUCGUGCAUGUUUUAUCUUUAAUAUCAAAAGGGACAGUGAGUGUUUGUCAAUGUUAAGAUUAUUCGCAUUUAUGUAUAUUUAUUUACAAUCAAAAUGGGAUAUUAGCUAGUGCUAGCCAGUCUAGCUAGCUUGCCAGUUUCCCCUUUAGUUUAUUUGAGCGGGCUAAUCUCCUUUUGAGCGGGCUGAUCUCCUCCUGGAAUAUACAAUAGUAGGCCAUCUCAAUUGGCAGAUCCAGGCUAGGGUUUACUUUCCUUUUCAAUAAUACCGUAUCUUACUCGCAAAUCAGUAAUGGAACUUGUAGAUUUUAAAUCAAUUUAAUCAGUGAAGAACAUCUUAAGGUCUGAUCUUUAGAUUAGUUUGCUAUAACCAUGCAGCACACUUUGUAAUCACUUGUUUUUACCUUUCUUUGCAGCUCCAGUACACUUACCUUGUCCCUACACCUUACCUUUGACCUCCCAUACAAAACCCAUCGGCUCUUUUAAGAGCCAAACAUCUCAUCUUUCUCAUCGUUUUGAAAACACCUAGAAUGUCCAAUAACUCGCUAGAAGCGGCACUUCUUCUUGGUGAUGUGUUCCUUAACCAGAUACAGGAACAAAACCAAAUCCCGCCUGCUAAAAAGGGCAAACCAUGUUGCACAACUGUCCAGCGGACGGAAAGGGACAGCAGUGUAAAUGUUGGAAGGCCUCAACGGAAAGGAACCACAAAAUCUUCUGGGAAUGAAAGGCAGGCCUUGAAUCCUGUUUACGACACCAGUGUGGCCACCUUUCAGAAAGAUUUUAUUCUUCAAACAGAGACCGCUUCACUCAUUGAAGAACUGGGGCAUAUUUUAAACAAUGAGCCAGAAGAAUUAUCUUCAGCCAUGACCUGGCAAAAAAGGCAGGCUAUGAGCCAUGAGAGAUGGCAGAUGGCGCGGGAGGCCAUGGUUGGAAAUGUAUUGGCAGCUGAGCAUGUGAAGGACUGCAUCUGCCAACACUGCCAAACUGAAGAGGCUGUUAUAAGGUGCAGAGACUGUCUACCUAGGCAGUAUCUCUGCACCAAAUGUGAUGGAGAAGUUCACCAUCACCUACCUCUCCACAACAGGGACUCCAUGGUUUGUGGGUUUUACAAGCCAUUGAGUCCAACCACUGCAGUCAAGAGGCAUUCAGAGGCCUAUCAUUAUUCUGAGCAGGUCCGACUUCUCCCGGUACUUUUGCCCCAGAGCAUUUGCGUUUGCCCAGCAAGUUCGUGCCGGAUGAUCAGUGGCAAGUCCAUCAUUCUGAUAGGAAUGAAUGGACGCUACAACCUCACCCUUCCAGCUAUGGAGUGCUCCGUCUGUCUGGCAACAUGGGCAGUUGGGCUGAGUGAUCUCCUUAUGUCUGGGUACUGGCCAGCCUCUGUACAUUUUGAGACCGUGUACGAGGCUGGGCUCUUCAGGUCUUUCUUGGACUUAAAGCUUUUGGCUCCAGGAGUCUCACGUCAAGCAUUCCUAGGGAUGCUUGAUCAACGAACUAUGACCUAUGGAAGGAGUGGUAAAAUAUGUGGAGACACAUUCCAAAAAGCUUUCCUAGAGUGGACCUUUGCCCAGCACGAGGUUGAGAGCUUGUGUGGGGUCCAGCCCUUUAAAUGUCCAGCUUGUUGUCCAUCCAUGCAUGCCAUCUCAGUGGAUGGUAAUCGGAAGCUGUACCGAUUUUCUAAUGCUCCAGGGCUACAGAAAGGUUAUUUUGAUGGCAUGUUCAUUGCGGAAGAUGAGCAUGUAUCCUCCUUCGUGGGACAUGUCCAUGAAAAGACAAAACAUACACCAGGUAAAGGGGUUUGUGGCUCCUCAAAAUGGAAAGCGGCCAAGGAGUCAGCCCAGAAGUCGGCCUCAAAGAUCGACGAAGAGGGCCUUGAGAUAGCAGUCUGUCGACAUGGAGGACUUCUCAAGGCCCUCAAUAUGUUCAGAGGGGAAAUAUUUGCCUACCCUCUGUACCUGCAAAGCACCCUCUCUCGGCAAAAUGUCACUUUCUUCUGCUCUGUGAUGCCUGCAAGUACUGGCCAUACUUGAAGAAAGUGGUUGUUGAGUGUCCAGAGCUGAGGCCCCUGCUGAACAUGCGCCCACUGCUGUCCGUAAUGCAUGCCAAAGCACAUGACUGGACAUGUGAGUUGCAGUGGUCUGGAAGAAACCAGGAGGGAGCGGGCCUGACAAUUGGGGAGGAAGUAGAGCAGGUCAACUCUUUUUUGUCCAGGGCUGCAAUUUGCACAAAGUAUAUGUCCAAAGCAGCACGAACGGACAUGCUUACUGUCCUUGCUGUUGCGUGGAACAAACGCAAAUCCGAAAAUAUGGCAAAAUAUUUAACCCAAAGAUACAUCAAGACAGCCAAGAGGAUCAAGGAGGAAAGUGAGAGCCUGGCACGCAUACAGGCAGAGCUCCAUGCCCAGGACAGUGAUGUACAGCAGUGGGUCAGUGAGGUACAGCACUUGGCAUCAGCAACAUGUACAGAAGACAACACUGGUCUUCAGAGCAAGAUAGUGGGUCUUUAUCUAAGCAUAAAGCAAAGGAAACACCAGCUCUACCGCCAAACAGAAAGCAACAAGAGACGCCACAAAAUCCGGGGGAAAAUCUGCGGUGAGAAGGCAGCUUUGGAAGCUGCCAUUGAGGCUUUUAACUUGGAGUCAACGUACCACCUUCCUUCCACGGAUGAAUUGCUCAUGGUAGACAACUACCGCUGGCCAUGGGAAUGCCCUGACACCAGUUUUUCAAGAAGGUGGUCUUUGACGGCAUCAUGAUGCUGUCCAGACUGAGGGAGGAGGAGCAGAUCCUUGUGAGGGAGAUCAAGCAACACUGGGAGUCUUUGAGGGAAGCUGCAGGAGCCCUCAACGAUCUAUCAAAACGCAUCAAAAAUGAGAGUAGUGACCUGGACUUGUCAGAGGAGAGUCGCGGGGGCCUUCUCUGUGUCCUAAAGGCAAAAUGUCGCAAUGUCCUGCAAAAGCAUGCAAGGACAAUGUACCAGCAAGGAGUCUUGGGCCAGGGAACUGACACCAUUGUCCUUGAUGACACCUCAGACGAAAGCGAUGAGGGCAGGCAUGACAGCUCUGACGAGGAAGCGGACACACAGUAAUACACGUACACAAAGUGUAUGAAAAAAAAAACUGAAUAUGUACGUCGUAAAACAAUCACCAGAGCUUAUUCAGAAGGAGGCUUUAACACUUCAGAUUUCAAUACUGUAAAUAACACAUUUAAAAUCAAUCAAGAGUACUCCAAUCCAAGCCUGAUUCUAAAUUGUUCCUCUUUGAACUUAAAAACGCUAUUUGAAAAAUUAAAAAGCUCUUAAAACUUAAAUUUGAUUAAAUCUAUGGUAACACAGAAUAACUAGAGAAAUGAUGUGAUUAUGCUUUCCUAUAGUGAUGUUAGAUUCAUAUUUCAUUUGAGUUAUUUUUUAUAUUUUAUAUUGUGUUCCCCUAUAUACAUUAUUUAUUUAUUGAGGUGUUAAUGCUGUCUUAAAUUUUCUUUAGAUUUGGUAUGUUUAAUCUGACGUAAAUACCUGUUUCAGGUUAAUGAACGUGUAAUUGUUGAACACUGUCUGCAAACUAUGUUGAAAAAAAAAGUGCAUGAGAAGUACAUGCAAUGCAUUUGUUUGUUCAGAAAUUAUUAUUUUUUAUGUAGGUAAUUGG